AUGGCGCUCAAGCUCACCCCAGGCUCGACUGCGGACUCCAAGAUUGAUGGCGGGCGUGACGUCGUUGCUGAGGGCGUUGGGGACCGUGAGCUUCUCCUGGCGAACCUUCAAGCUUACGCCAGACGACUCUCGGAUCGCACCCCGCGAGGUUUCGAAAGGUACGUGCUUCCAUUGCGCGACUUUCAGCUCAUUCCAGUCGAUGUCGGGGUCUACAAUGAAGGCGAGAUCAACGGCGCCGUGCAAGGCAACUCGGAUGGAAGGGAAGAAGGUGAAGCUGCCCGGCCUCUCGCUUCAGCUGACGCCCCAGUCAUCGUCGCCACCAUCGCCCCUCCUCAUUGCCCUCGCGUUGGUCAAGGUGACAGCGAGCUCACGUCAGACGAUCAGGAGGCACUCGCUGGUGGUGGGCUCAGACAAUGGUGGAACGAGCUGAUUCCAGCCCCAAUUGCCUCGGCGGGUGCCACGCCAGCAAUCUCGACGGCUUCGGGUAAAGACGUUGAGCUCAUCGCAGACGUCGUGGUGCAGGCGGUCCUCAAGACACCCUCCGGCUCCAGCAGUGUCACGAAGGGCAAGAAAGUCAGCCCGUGGGGAGGAAGCGCAGUAAGCUGCCCUCAGUUCUUCAGCGAGCUCACUCCAGUUUUUGAUCUGUACGACUCCCAAGACGACGCUGAAGUAUCUCUGAGCCGUCGAACGAGCGCCGUCCCCGUUCCCCGACCAGGAGGGUUAUUGCCGCUUCGGCGGUAUGGUCAACAGCAGAUGAAGAGCAAGGCUCAGCUUACCUCAGCGACAUCGACUCGCCUUGAAGACGCAGACGACUCUCCUCCCGCCUUACGCCCUCAGUCACGUUCCGACCUCCCAUCUCCAGGUCAAGAUGGACAGACUGCACAGGAUCAGGGCUGGUUGAGUGCUGUGGCCAAGUUCACGUGGUCCGCGACUAUCGGCUACGGGCAUGACUUCUGCGACGGCGGCUGGAUCGUCCUCGUUCUCUUCGUUCUCGCCGAGGCGGCGGUUAUCUACGCCGUGCUCAAGUUCGGCGUGGAGUUGGGCUCUGAGGACGGGGCUGGACUGAUGGAAUGUCAGCUCGAGAGGUCGGCGGCGGCGCAGGAGCUGAUCCUCGCCGAGGUCACGUGUGAGCUGUCGCUGCAUCUCGCGGAGAUGCUCGAGUAA